UCGGGAACAGGACGCUAAUUAGUUAGUAUAAGGUUUGUCAAGUGCGCGGAUUGGAAACGUGGAUUGCCGACAAAGUUGAAUACCUUGAUUUGCGUGAGGAAAGUUUGUGGCGCAGGAGAGGAGAAGUUGUUGUUUCGGAAAUUUGAUACCUUGCAUUAGUAGUGCAUGAAGAGCAGCAGUGCUUGUUCUGAGAAGAAUACCCCUCCUUGGGUAGGUUGUCGAGCUGUGUGCAAAAAUAAGCUCAUAGCACACGAUACGAAGGGUCUAGUUGUUCGGUCGACCGACUGACGGUUGUUACUCUAUUGGUGUGUGAUUUUAUGUAACACAUUGCAAGUUUCAAAACGAGGAGACAUCGUCGCCGUCGUUCACUGGUAAUCGAAUUAGGUUCUACCAGUGAGUCUUGCGGAGUGCGCCGUUUCGUUGUUCGUCGUUCCUCAAAACAAAAACAUUAUCGGGCGGGAGUUAGUGCUUUUUGGCGUUUGAAUCGGUCGGUAUCCUUAUCGAAGUGUGCGUCUUUUGGUUGGGUAGUAGGUGUUGGAUAAACGAGAGGACGUGAUGAAUCAGGCGGAUUCAGAGGAAAGUCCGGUAGAAAUGGUCGUGGAAACCAUUUCACCCACGGCCUCCGAUAUGGGAUCGAUGUCGGAUUCACCAGUGCGCCAACCAGAGAGAAAGAAAAAGAAACGUGGGAUAUCAUUCAAAAAGAUUAGAAACAAUGCACAAAAGUUGAUGCCGGGUAAGAAGAAGGAAGAAAAAACAGAGGAGGCUGCGUCCCAGACAGAAGAAGGCCCACCUCCAUCACCGCCUCCUACGCCGGUUCUGAAAGACAUGAAGUCAACUGAAAGUCUACCAGCGAUCAAGGAAGAACCUCCAAUGCUUCCAACGACCAAGUCCAUCGAUGAAAUCCCCGGAGAUAAGAAAGCCAAAAAAGGUCGCAAACCAAGUCGCGCAGCAAGUUUCGUAAAGAAAAUUGCCGGCCGCAAAAGCAAAGUAGCUCCGAACCCAAAGAAUGCCAUCUCGCUUGAAGAUGAAAACUCCGCUUCUACGACGGAGACUCCGCUGAGUAUCAAGAGGCGAACCCCAGAAGGAGCCAACCUGAGUGUGUCCGAGACCAGUCUGUACGAAGGGGACAAACCCAGUGACAGUUUCAAAAUCGAACAACUCGAAAGCGAACCCAAAGUGGUGCGAACGAUUUCACCGAAAAAGACCGAAAUGAAAAUCACAUUGGUCAACGAACAGCCAGAAAGUGUCGCCACGGCAGGCGAAGGGAGUUCUAGGGCUUCUUCCGGUGUUCAGUUACCAGCAUCGGCUUCGACUGACACCGAGUCGCCUUCAUCGGCUUCGUCAACAUCGACGAGCGGCAUUGAUAAAGCGAACCUCGUCUCAGUCGCAAGUGUUAGUGAUUCGAAGACAGUCGCACCCGGAACCGCAGCCGUCUCGGUUGAUUCUAAUAAACCAAUUAGUGUCCCCAGCUCAUCAAAAGUGGUCACAACCGCUAUCCAGGACAACGUCGCCAUUUCUUCCAACAAAGAAAUCACAAUUAGCACUCUUCUCAGCGGAGACUACAUAGCGGAAAUUAAUAAAAUAUCGAUCGACAAAAUCAGUACCGUUGCCAACAGUGAUCAAUCCCCGCUUACUACGCGGGAGAAAUUUUUCCAAUCUAAUCCAGUCGCAGUAGCCACCGACAAGAACGGCUCUCUGCCCCGGGAAGAAACGGACAACGUGAUCGAAACACUCGAGGUUAAUGACAACGUGGUGACAUCUCCCGUCGUCGCGCCAAAAUCACAUUCCGAAUCAACCGCUGAAAAGCUGAAAAAUAUUUUUAUGAAGAAGGACAAUCAGAAGAAAUCCUCCGCUGCCACCACCCCUUCGUCAGAACCAUCUACCACCACUUCGGGCACUCCGGUUCUGACCACCGUUCGCACGCAGGAAGCCGCCAAACCGUACCAAAUCGGAAACAACAUCAAGAACCCCAAUCUCUCGGGCUUCAAGGAAGCUCCCGCCGAGGAACCGAAGCCAUCGACCUCUACCGAUACGAGCAGCGGAGGUGACGGUGGAGGUGAUGCAAUAGCCUUCAAAGUCGGAAGCCAAGUUCGACCGAAUCGUACGUCCAGUGCCGCCAAGUCCGCGAAAUCCACCCUCCUGUCACCGGUAACGCCCGUCAUCGACAGUGGAGUCCCGUCCGGCAAUUUCAAUCAGUCUAAAUCACUCGAAGAGUACGGUUCACUCGAGGCACGAGGAUCAUCGUCGUUCGACGAGAGCCCACUCAGUGAGAACUCACGCCGGAGGAUCGCAUACGUAGCGCAGCCAACGCUGUUCACACCGGAAGAGGAGGAACUGGUCAGCGGAAGGCCAUCGUUGUUGUCCAGUAUCGUCGGAGGAAGUUCGCUGGAUUCGGAAGAUUUCCUCGAGAGCAAAAUGUCUCCCCACGGAGAUUUACUGCUGGAGAAGAGCGAUAAUUUGUCAAACAUGUCCACGGCACCAACGGAAAAACGUGAGCACCUGUACAAAAUUCUGGUGAUUGGCGAGCUGGGCACAGGCAAAACGUCCUUCAUCAAGCGGUACGUUCACCAGUUUUUCAGCCAAAACUAUCGAGCCACCAUCGGGGUGGAUUUUGCCCUCAAAGUUCUUAACUGGGACCAGAACACAAUCAUCCGGUUGCAGCUAUGGGACAUUGCCGGUCAGGAACGGUUCGGAAACAUGACCCGCGUCUACUACAAGGAAGCCGUCGGUGCGUUUAUCGUAUUUGACGUGACGCGGAACGCCACCUUCGAAGCGGUCAUCAAAUGGAAGCAGGAUCUCGACUCGAAAGUGCAACUACCGAAUGGAAAGCCCAUUCCGUGUAUAUUGUUGGCGAAUAAGAGCGACCAACCGAAGCAAGGUAUUGUCACGACACCGGCCAAGUUGGAUGAAUAUGUGAAAGAGCACGGUUUUGCCGGAUGGUUCGAAACUUCCGCCAAGGAGAAUGUGAACAUUGAAGAAGCUGCCAAAUCUUUAGUCAAUAAGAUCCUGAUGAAUGACAAGCAGACGAACGCGGGUGAAAUAGUGGACUCGGACCGGUUUGCUCUGGCAGGCGGGAGCAAGGAUUCACAUCAGAAGAAAAACUGUGCCUGCUGACCGUAUGCCGCCCCCAUAUGUCUCAGUGUCUUCUUUACUCGAUUUUAUGUUUUUUUUUAUGUUAUGGAUUAUUUUAUGCGUCUAAUAUAUACAACAAACCAGUACAGAAGGCAGAAGUGGCCCGCAAAUGCAAAUGAUCCAGCCAAAUAUUAAAGAAAAGCGAUUACAAAUGCUAAGCUGAUAAAUGUCCAGUGGAAACAACUAUACCAAAUAUAACUAGCGCGCACCUUCCAAAUCACAAACGAAGGUGAAGGUCGAAAUCGAUGUAUUCUAAAUGUCCGGAACGUUGAUACAAAUUGAGUCCCCAUUUACUGGAACCGUCUCGAGCCGUAGCUUUAUACAUUUGAAAUAUUGUUAAUAUAAGCAAAAGAAAUGCCUGCUGAAUAAAAGUAACAACCUGUUGGAUAUAUUAUA